UUGUGAUUGGUCUCGUGAUGAUAGUUGAGCAAUGCAAUCAUGCAAUGUUUUUUGCCACAUUUUGAAAAUGUUUGACCAUUCUGUUAGAGUACCGAGACAUUACAAGGUUGCUGCUAAUAUUGUUAAGAAAGUUUCAACUGAAGGCGGUAGCGUCAAAACAUUAUUGUAUGACGAGAAACUUCGUCACUUUAGAGUCAAUGUGCUGUACGCACUAAUAACAGAAACAAUCAAACAUGCUGCUGACAUUGACAAAUUGUUUGAGAGUAGUGGCCUUAUCACAAAUGAGCCGCGCCUAGACCCUUGGCUAGCGAAAGUGUUAACGACUGAGUUGUUGUUUGGCAAAAAGACUCUCCCAGGGAAAAGCAAGCCCGAACAAACUAUUCUGUCAUACAAAGAGAAAUUCGAAAAUUACAAUGCUGAUCAUCCUGAAGAUCCAAAAACAGAAGCUGUCCGCAGGCCACGUUAUGUUCGGAUCAAUACAAAUCUCCUGACGACCUCUGACGCCAUAAGGGCCUUUCAAGAUGAGGAGUACCGCUUUGUGAGAUGUACGUCGGGCUCUUACAAUGACUACCUGGAACAGAUAAAGAACUUGGGGGAAUACGACUUUACGCAGGACUAUCAUGUGAAGACAGUGUUCGUGUUUUCAUCGGGGACCAAACUGCAUGAACAUGAGCUGUAUACGGAGAACAAGAUUAUACUGCAAGAUAAGGCUACAGCACUCGCCGUGCAUCUACUGGCCCCUCCCCCCGGCAGCAUAGCGUUAGACAUGUGCGCAGCGCCAGGCAUGAAGACGACGCAGCUCGCUGCCUAUAUGAGGAACGAAGGUAAAAUCUACGCAGUAGAACAAAGCGAGCAAAGAUACAGGACUCUCUGCGACUUCGUACAGAAGACCGGGUCCAAAUGCGUACAGACCCUCAAUCAGGACUCCCUGGCACUGAAGAGGGGAGACUACGAUGACGUCGAGUAUAUCUUGCUGGACCCUAGCUGUUCUGGAUCUGGCAUGGAGCUCUCUGUACACAACUACUUCGAUGCAGCCCGUCUAGCCAAACUGACAUCCCUACAAGAGAAAUUCCUAAAGCAUGCCAUGAACGCUUUUCCCAACGCAAAAAGGAUAGUCUAUAGCACUUGCUCCCUCUUUCCCGAAGAGAACGAAAGAGUCGUCACUAAUGUGGUGACAGCUUCGAGAUCUAAAUGGAGAGUGCAAGAUGUAAAGGAGCUAUUAAAAGGCCAGUGGAACAACUUUGGCUCUGGUAUGUAUGGAAGCAUGGGUACCAGGUGUUUGUAUGCUAGACCUGAUACAGAUUACACUACUGGCUUUUUCUUAGCUGUGCUGGAUAGAGAUCAAAAGGAACUUGAGAGGAGAGCUAAUAAAGAAAAGGAAGGUACAGAAAACGGCGUAAAUAAUGAAAAUGAUAGUGAGGCUGAAGAAGUGAAUGAAAAGAAACAUAAGAAAAAUAAGAAAGCAGAUCUGGCAAAUGAAGAUAAUAGCGAAAUUGCUUCUAACAAAGUAAAAAAGAAAAAGAAGAAAACAGUGGAAAGCCUUGAAAACAGUGAGCAAAACAAUUAUAAUAAUGAAUGUGAAAUUACAACAAAUAUGGAAAAUGAAGAUAUUCCGAAGAAAAAGAAAAAGCGGAAACAUGAGAAGUCUGAAAAUGAUCAAAACAAUGAUAAUAUUGUCAAUGAAUCUGAAACUACAGCAAAUGUAGACAAUAAUGAAGAUGUUCCCAAGAAAAAAAAGAAACGGAAAUCUGAGGGUGAUAUAAACUAUGAGGAGAACAAUGGCACCGUUAUUAAUGAAUCCGAAAUAACGGUAAAUACAGAUGGCAAUGAGGAUGGAAUAAAGAAAAAGAAGAAAAAACAUAAAAAUAGAGAAGUUGACGAAUCUGUCAAUGUAUCUGAAAUAAUGAUUGAAACGGAAAAUACUGAUAAAAUGCCGAAGAAAAAGAAAAAAGGUAAACAUAAAGAUGAAACCAAUGGAGCUAUUGAAGAACUAGAAGAUGGUGACGUUGGAGAAGAAGUUAAAGAAAAGAAAAAAAAGAAGAAAAAGGAUAAAGUUAGAUAAACAUGGUUGUAGCAUUUUGAAAAUAAAAUAACUUUUUU